GGCCCCUUUUUUAAGGGAUAUAGUACUUAAUCAUGGAACAUGGGGGGUUUCUCACACGAGAGUUCCUACAGAAUCAAGGCCGGGCCACGUUGCAAUAAUUGCGGGAUUUUAUGAGGAUGUUAGUGCUGUUACGAAAGGUUGGAAAAUGAAUCCUGUAGAGUUUGAUUCUGUGUUUAAUCAAAGCAGGCAUACAUGGUCAUUUGGUUCACCGGACAUAUUACCUAUGUUUGCUAAGGGUGCUUCGGAUCCAGAAAGGGUUGACACUUUUAUGUAUGGACAUGAAAGUGAAAACUUUGCUGAAGACACAUGGACAUUCAACCAAUUUGCCCAACUUUUUACAAACUCGUCAUCUGAUCCUAAACUUUAUCAACAACUUCAUGAUGAUAAAAUAAUUAUGUUUUUACAUUUGCUUGGAUUGGAUUCAAAUGGUCAUGCUCAUGGUCCUCAUUCAAAAGAGUAUUUGAAUAAUAUUAAAGUAGUUGAUGAUGGAAUUUACGAAACAAUACAAUUACUUGAUAAAUUUUACGGCAACGAUAAGAAGACUGCUUAUAUUUUUACUUCUGAUCAUGGAAUGAGCAAUAGGGGCAAUCAUGGUGAUGGACAUCCGGAUAACACACGUACUCCAAUAAUUGCAUGGGGAGCAGGGAUAAGUAAACCUAACAAGGAAAAUCCAAGCGGGCAUGAUGAAUUUUCUAUGGAUUGGCAAUUAAAUAGUGUUCAACGUAAUGAUAUACUUCAAGCUGAUAUUGCUCCCUUAAUGGCUUCUUUGAUAGGGAUUAAUUAUCCUGUAAAUUCAGUUGGUGAAUUGCCUUUGAAAUAUCUUAAUAACACACCAUUGUUCAAAGCCCAAAGCAUCUUUGUAAAUGCCAAAGAAAUUUUGGAACAAUACAAAGUUAAAUACG